AUGACCACUGGUGCAAACACCUGCCAUUUGGGCAAUACCACUUCUCGUCGCCGGCUUUUAGGGCCUUUCUUGCAAUCAAGCCAGCAUUCUCAAAAUAUUCACAAUGCAUGUGAUAGUAUCACCUUCAAGGUUGUAUUGAUACCAUACCCAAUCUGCGCACGAGGCACUCUUAUGAUAGACUCAGAAGAACCUCUGCCAUCUAGCCUCAAACUGAGUGAACAAAAACUUCCUGAUCUUUAUCAGUGUCUAGACUCGCACCACCUCAUCAUCAAAACCACAGUGACCAUUGGAGAUUCUGUAAUUCUCAAUCAACUUGACUCGCAAAUCAACACCCACUUCCUGUGUCAUAACAUCAGCUUUCCUUCAUCGCUUUAUGGGGACCACCAGCCCACCAGUGGACCUCUCGAAUACGAGAAACUCAAUUGGGUCAUACUUGAGCUUGGAAAGCUUAGUGCCGAUCAAAAUUCCCAGCUCUUGAAGAUGGCCUUGUUUACCUCGAGGGAUAUCAUAGGCAAUGCGCUCUCAGCGUUGAUGCGAAAAAUUGCCAUGAUGAUGAAAAAUCCAAUCGAUGAUGUACCACUCCUUUUCAUAGCACCAAGGUUUGGGACAUUGAGAGGGACCCUUGCAUCGGCAGCUGAUACUGCUGUCCACCCGUGUUUUGCUGCAUGGGUCAUGGACACCUUUUUCACCGAGGCCAUUCCUGAGCCAUCACGCGAUCCAACAUGUUUAUUUUCUUGUCCGUCACAGUCUGAUGAUCUCUCAGACUCCGAUGAUGAUAGUUUGUCUAUGAGUAUCUCAGAGCAGAUUACGCAUCAAAAUCGGGGCACCCCAUCAUCCUCUUCAGUUCUGUUGACUGUCAUAACUUGUCCCACCGUUGUAACACGCACUUUUGGCUCCAGACCUUCAUCAGUUCGUCAUGAAACAUCAUCUCGUGUUUCAUCAUUUACAAUGUGUGCACCAUCUACUAUGCGCCCAUCAUUAUCAGAAGGGUCAUCAAUGUGUGCGACUUGGUCAUUAACUCGGUGGCCUAUCAGUCUGCCAAAUAGUGCACCACGUCCCAGCACUUCAGCUGUGACCAUUGAUCUCACCAGUAAUGAUACUCCUGUAUUCACCUCGAUUAUGGAUUGGGCAAACUACGUACAAGCGCAUGGACCCAUAGAGACUCCCACCAUCAUUCCAUGGAGAGUCAGUGCACCGAACAUUAAGUCAGGUGCCAUGGCACUAAUCGCUUUUAUCGAAGCCCAGCAUAGCCGCACUGGGGUUGAUCUGUCUGGAGACAUGUUUGAAGGUGCACAGAUAGAAUUUAUGACUGGGAAUGAUGGUUCAGAUAUGAAUUUGUCCAGCCUCUUCAUGGCUGACUGCACAUUCAAAGUGUAG